GGACGCGUAGAUGCAGCGGCUGAUGCCAGCCCCCAGCCCUUGUGCGGCUGGCAGGGAGAGAGUUAAUGCCGCCCGGCCUCUAUGAUAAUGAGCUGCAUGGUAAUAUAGAGAGAGGGGCAGGCUCAGUAGGCUCUGCCGCCGCGGCUGCUGUAGCUGCCGGGCGAUGAGCCGUCAGUGCCAGACUGGAGCAGGAGCUAGGGCUGAGCGCAGUUCCUGGGAAAUUUUCAGCUGGUUCCGCGAGCGAGCGAGCGAGUGAGCGAAAGGGAGAACGAGAGAGACACUGGGAGGAGGAGAGAUUAAAAAGAGAGGAGACAGAAAGAGAGGGAGACACACAAGGAGAGACAACACACGCACGCACACACAUGCACACACACACACAUAGACACACGUGUGUGUGAAACAGAUCCCCGGAGGAAAUAGGACUGUGAAAGAGUCGAAGAGAAAUAAGGGAAGGAAGCGCUGGGAUUGCUGAUGUCAGAGGGAGCCCGGAAAGUCGCGGUGGAAAAAAUCGGAAGACAGGCACUGCUUGGAUCAUUCCGAAGAAAAGAGAUUGCCACCUACCCCGGCGCGCUCACACACACCCCUCUCUCGGCGCCCCCUCCCCAAAAUCAAGGCAGCCGAGCCCUGGCUUCGGGGGCUGGGGAGACCUGAACAACUAGAGGAAGGCGCUGAUCGGAGACCAGCGGCGGGGCGACUUGAGGAAUACAGAUAAGUGGCUGGCGGCUUGACGUGGAUUUUAAUGAAUUUGGGCUCCAUGUGGAUGUUUUCGUCUCUGUGAAUCCGAGCUGGGGGCAGGGAGCGAGGCUCCGCGAAGCCCCCGGGGGCCAAGGCAAGCCGGCAGCCGGACACACAGACAUCGGCAGGCUGGAACCAUGUGAGUCUCACCCUUGGAGCGUGGGCUAAACCAGACCUUGGAGAAUCUGUCUCCUCUCCCUACCCCCCUCAGAAUGGAACAAAAGAGACCUUGGCCUCGGGUCCCAGACUCCUAUGGUCGGCCGCUGGUUCUGUUCUCGGUAGUUUGGGCUCUGCUCUUACCCCUGACCGCCGGCACAUCCCCACUCAGCACCUUCCACUCAGAGAACAGAGACUGGACCUUCAACCACUUGACGGUGCACAAAGGCACGGGGGCCGUGUACGUGGGGGCCAUCAACCGGGUCUACAAACUAUCGGGAAACUUGACCAUCCAGGUGGCCCAUAAGACGGGGCCGGAGGAGGACAACAAGUCCUGCUACCCACCCCUCAUCGUCCAGCCCUGCAGUGAGGUGCUCACGCUCACCAACAAUGUUAACAAGCUGCUCAUUAUUGACUAUUCUGAGAACCGCCUGCUGGCCUGCGGGAGCCUCUACCAGGGGGUGUGUAAGUUACUCCGCCUCGACGACCUCUUCAUCCUCGUAGAGCCCUCCCACAAGAAGGAGCACUACCUGUCGAGCGUCAACAAGACGGGCACCAUGUACGGCGUGAUCGUGCGCUCCGAGGGAGAGGACGGCAAGCUGUUCAUCGGCACGGCGGUGGACGGCAAGCAGGACUACUUCCCAACACUCUCCAGCCGCAAGCUUCCCCGGGACCCAGAAUCCUCGGCCAUGCUGGAUUAUGAGCUCCACAGCGAUUUUGUCUCCUCUCUCAUCAAGAUCCCCUCGGACACCCUGGCCCUGGUCUCCCACUUCGACAUCUUCUACAUUUACGGUUUCGCCAGUGGCAGCUUCGUCUACUUCCUCACCGUCCAACCGGAGACGCCGGAAGGUGUGGCCAUCAAUUCGGCUGGUGACCUCUUCUAUACCUCCCGCAUCGUGCGGCUCUGCAAGAACGACCCCAAGUUCCAUUCCUACGUCUCAUUGCCCUUCGGUUGUACCCGAGCUGGGGUGGAGUACCGCCUUCUGCAGGCUGCCUACCUCUCCAAACCUGGAGACUCUCUGGCCAGGGCUCUGAACAUCAGCAGCCAGGAUGAUGUUCUCUUUGCCAUCUUCUCCAAGGGGCAGAAGCAGUAUCACCACCCUCCUGAUGACUCGGCCCUCUGUGCCUUCCCCAUCCGGGCCAUUAAUACCCAGAUCAAGGAACGUUUACAGUCUUGCUAUCAGGGGGAGGGCAACCUGGAACUCAACUGGCUGCUGGGGAAAGAUGUCCAGUGCACCAAGGCGCCGGUCCCCAUAGAUGACAAUUUCUGUGGCCUGGACAUCAACCAGCCUUUAGGGGGCUCCACUCCGGUGGAAGGGCUAACCCUCUUCACUACCAGUCGGGACCGAAUGACAUCAGUCGCCUCCUAUGUCUACAAUGGCUACAGUGUGGUUUUUGUAGGCACCAAGAGUGGCAAGCUGAAAAAGAUCCGUGCAGAUGGUCCUCCCCAUGGAGGGGUUCAAUAUGAAAUGGUCUCCAUUCUCAAAGAUGGCAGCCCCAUUCUCCGGGACAUGGCCUUCUCCAUUGACCAGCGUUACUUAUAUGUCAUGUCCGAGAGACAGGUUUCCAGGGUCCCAGUAGAGUCCUGUGAACAGUAUACAACAUGUGGGGAGUGCCUGAGCUCAGGGGACCCUCACUGUGGCUGGUGCGCCCUACACAACAUGUGCUCCCGGAGGGACAAAUGCCAGAGGGCUCGAGAAGCUAACAGGUUUGCUGCCACUAUCAGUCAAUGCAUGAGCCUCAAGGUAAAACCCAGCAGCAUCUCUGUCUCUGAACACAGCCGCCUGCUCAGCCUGACGGUCAGUGAUGCCCCAGACCUGUCUGCAGGUGUUACAUGUGCUUUUGGGAACCUGACAGAGGUGGAAGGGCAGGUUGCAGGGAACCAGGUGAUCUGUGCCUCUCCCGGAGUCAAGGAUGUCCCUGCCAUCCCUCUGGAUCAAGACUGGUUUGGGCUGGAACUACAACUAAGGUCUAAGGAGACAGGAAAGAUGUUCGUCAGUACCGAGUUCAAGUUUUACAACUGCAGUGCCCACCAACUGUGCCUGUCCUGUGUCAACAGUGCCUUCCGCUGCCAUUGGUGCAAAUAUCGCAACCUCUGCACCCAUGACCCCACGACUUGUUCCUUCCAAGAAGGCCGUAUCAAUAUUUCUGAGGACUGUCCCCAGCUGGUCCCCACAGAGGAGAUCCUGAUCCCAGUUGGGGAGGUGAAGCCAAUCACCCUUAAGGCUCGAAAUCUACCCCAACCACAGUCUGGCCAACGGGGCUAUGAGUGUGUCCUCAACAUCCAGGGAGUCAUCUAUCGUGUGCCCGCCCUUCGCUUCAACAGCUCCAGUGUCCAGUGCCAGAACAGCUCAUACCAAUAUGAUGGGAUGGACAUCAGCAAUCUGGCUGUGGAUUUUGCUGUAGUAUGGAAUGGCAACUUCGUCAUUGACAAUCCAGAGGACCUGAAAGUCCACCUCUACAAAUGUGCAGCCCAACGAGAGAGCUGCGGCCUCUGCCUCAAGGCUGACCGGAAGUUCGAGUGUGGCUGGUGCAGUGGUGAGCGCAGAUGUACCCUCCACCAACACUGCUCCAACCCAACCUGGCUCGAUUGGUCCAGUCACAAUGUCAAGUGCACCAACCCUCAGAUCACAGAGAUCCUGACCAUGUCCGGCCCCCCUGAAGGAGGGACUCGAGUGACCAUUCAUGGAGUAAACCUGGGUCUAGACUUCUCUGAGAUCGCCCAGCACGUGCAGGUGGCCGGGGUGCCGUGUAACCCCCUCCCUGGGGAGUACAUCAUUGCUGAGCAGAUUGUCUGUGAAAUGGGUCACGCACACCCAGGAAUCAGUUCCGGUCCUGUGCGCCUAUGCAUCGGCGAGUGUAAGCCAGAGUUCAUGACCACGUCCCACCAACAGUAUACCUUUGUGAACCCAACAGUGAUGUCACUUGCUCCAAUUAGGGGCCCAGAGUCUGGAGGCACCAUGGUGACCAUCACUGGCCAUUACCUAGGAGCUGGGAGUAGCGUAACUGUGUUCCUGGGAAAUCAGACCUGCGAAUUCUAUGGGAGAUCUAUGAAUGAGAUUGUGUGCGUCUCCCCACCAUCAGCCCGUGGCCUGGGCCCUGUCCCUGUUUCUGUAAGUGUGGAUCGAGCCCAUGUUGACAGCAGUCUGCAGUUUGAGUACAUCGAUGACCCCAGAGUCCAGCGCAUAGAGCCAGAGUGGAGUAUUGCCAGCUUAUUGUUUGGGACUGCAGUUAAGCAGGAGGUAUGUAAGGUUGUGAACACAACCACCCUGACCUGCUUGGCCCCUUCUUUGACUCCAGAAUAUCGGCCUGGUCUAGACGCUGUGGAAAGGCCAGAUGAAUUUGGGUUUGUCUUCAACAACGUGCAAUCCUUGCUGAUCUAUAAUGACACCAAGUUCAUCUACUAUCCCAAUCCAACCUUUGAACUGCUUAGUCCCACUGGGGUCUUGGACCAGAAGCCAGGAUCCCCAAUCAUACUAAAGGGCAAAAACCUUUGCCCUCCAGCCUCAGGGGGAGCCAAGCUGAACUACACAGUGCUGAUUGGAGAGACCCCCUGUGCUGUCACUGUGUCUGAGACACAGCUCCUCUGUGAACCCCCAAACCUCACAGGACAGCACAAGGUUAUGGUCCACGUAGGCGGAAUGGUAUUCUCCCCUGGCUCGGUGAGCGUCAUCUCGGACAGCCUGCUUACCCUGCCGGCCAUCGUCAGUAUUGCAGCAGGCGGAAGCCUCCUGCUCAUCAUCGUCAUCAUCGUCCUCAUUGCCUACAAGCGCAAGUCUCGAGAGAAUGACCUCACCCUCAAGCGCCUUCAGAUGCAGAUGGACAACCUGGAGUCCCGAGUGGCCCUGGAGUGUAAGGAAGCUUUUGCUGAGCUGCAGACGGACAUCAAUGAGUUGACCAGUGACCUGGACCGCUCAGGAAUCCCCUACCUGGACUACCGGACCUACGCCAUGAGGGUUCUGUUCCCGGGCAUCGAGGACCACCCUGUCCUUCGGGAACUGGAGGUCCAGGGGAAUGGGCAGCAGCACGUGGAGAAGGCACUAAAGCUCUUUGCCCAGCUCAUCAACAAUAAAGUCUUCUUGCUGACCUUCAUCCGAACUCUGGAGCUGCAACGCAGCUUUUCCAUGCGAGACCGAGGCAAUGUGGCCUCACUCAUCAUGACGGGGCUGCAGGGUCGGCUCGAGUACGCCACUGAUGUGCUCAAACAGCUGUUGUCUGACCUCAUCGACAAGAACCUGGAGAACAAGAACCACCCCAAACUGCUGCUGCGCAGGACUGAAUCUGUGGCUGAGAAGAUGCUUACCAACUGGUUUGCCUUCCUCCUACACAAAUUCCUAAAGGAAUGUGCCGGAGAACCACUGUUUAUGCUCUACUGUGCCAUCAAGCAGCAAAUGGAGAAGGGCCCAAUCGAUGCCAUCACAGGGGAGGCCCGAUACUCCCUGAGUGAGGACAAACUCAUUCGACAGCAAAUUGAGUACAAGACUCUGAUCCUGAACUGUGUGAAUCCAGACAAUGAGAAUAGCCCAGAGAUCCCAGUAAAGGUGUUAAACUGUGACACAAUCACGCAGGUCAAAGAGAAGAUCCUGGAUGCUGUGUAUAAGAAUGUGCCCUACUCUCAGCGGCCCCGAGCUGUAGACAUGGAUUUGGAGUGGCGCCAGGGACGGAUUGCCCGAGUCGUACUACAAGACGAAGACAUCACCACCAAGAUUGAGGGAGACUGGAAAAGGCUCAACACAUUGAUGCAUUAUCAGGUGUCAGACCGCUCUGUGGUAGCUCUUGUCCCCAAACAGACCUCCUCCUACAACAUCCCCCCCUCCGCCAGCAUCUCCCGGACAUCCAUCAGUAGAUAUGAUUCAUCUUUCCGGUACACAGGAAGUCCAGACAGCCUGAGGUCCCGGGCACCUAUGAUCACCCCUGACCUGGAGAGUGGGGUCAAGGUGUGGCAUUUGGUCAAAAAUCAUGACCAUGGAGACCAGAAAGAGGGUGAUCGGGGCAGUAAGAUGGUAUCUGAAAUCUACCUGACCCGGCUGCUAGCCACCAAGGGUACAUUGCAGAAGUUUGUGGACGAUUUAUUCGAGACCUUGUUCAGCACUGUACAUCGAGGCAGUGCCCUCCCCCUGGCCAUCAAGUACAUGUUUGAUUUCUUGGAUGAGCAAGCAGACAGGCACAGCAUCCAUGAUACAGAUGUGCGGCACACCUGGAAAAGCAACUGCCUCCCUUUGAGAUUUUGGGUGAAUGUGAUCAAGAACCCCCAGUUUGUGUUCGACAUCCACAAGGGUAGCAUCACUGACGCCUGCCUCUCAGUGGUGGCCCAGACCUUCAUGGACUCCUGUUCCACGUCUGAACACCGACUGGGCAAGGACUCCCCUUCCAACAAGCUGCUCUAUGCCAAGGACAUUCCCAGCUACAAGAGCUGGGUGGAAAGAUACUAUGCUGAUAUUGCCAAGCUGCCGGCCAUCAGUGACCAGGACAUGAACGCCUACCUCGCAGAGCAAUCACGCCUCCACGCUGUGGAGUUUAACAUGCUCAGUGCCCUCAAUGAAAUCUACUCCUAUGUCAGCAAGUACAGUGAAGAGAUCAUUGGGGCCCUUGAGCAGGAUGAACAGGCACGGAGACAGCGAUUGUCUUAUAAAGUGGAACAGCUGAUCAAUGCCAUGUCCAUUGAGAGCUGAGAGGAGGCACCUGGCACAUCUCAAGAGAAGAAAGAGAAGGGAAAUAUGAGGCAGCCUUCAAUUCUUCAAAACUGGGAGUGAAGGACUAGUGAGAAGGACUAGAGCUCCCAGGGCUCACUGAACCCAUCCUGUGGGGGAAGGGAGGACUGUGCCCCUCCUCCAGCAUCAGCCAGGGUUCAUCCUAUCCAGUUCCCAAAUCAUGGAACAGUAGGCAUCACACAUCCUUGGCAAGAACAAGAGAGAAAUGGGGGCCAGGAAAUCAUCCUCAAAGCCAAGAGACAGGAACUUGGGACCGUUCUGCCUCUGUGACUGCUGCUUUGCAUGAAAAAAAAUCAUUUGAUGUAUAUUGGGAAAUAAUGAAAACUUUAUUUAAUUUUUUUUAAGAAAAAGAGAAAAAACCCACAGAAAUAAAAUAGAACAAAAAGCCACUCUGCUAAUCCCGUCCCACCUUUUUUCUUUUUCCCAUUCUGGUUUUCCCCCUUCUUUCUCAUUCCCCUCCACCCUUCCUCCCUCACAAGAUUCCCUUUCCAGUGACUAUUUGCAAACAGAUGACGAUGGGAAGCUUGGGAAAGUGACUCGUUUCCUUUCCCUGGGAAAUAGAGAAAAGGAGGAGAGGAAGAAUGAGCACAAGUUUGCACCAAACAUUUUUCACAGUCACAGAGGCCAGUAAAACCUGGAAAUAUCUCAACAGCCAAGAGCUCAUUGGUACUUCUGUGUGAACUCCUGAACCCUCAGAUGAAACCAAACCUGCCUGGCUGGAAACCAAGC